UGCCACGCAACUUGAGUGAAUCUGCCUGACCCAAGAUCAGUUGUUUCUCGGCUCACUUCGGCGUGAGUUUGUCUCGAAGUCUAUGGCAGCUCUGGAAAAGUUUGCACUUUUAGGAAAAGUUUACGCCUAUCUCAACAUCUUUGCGGCGAUUUAUGAAAGUGCUCAACUGAUGCUGAAAAUUGCUAGUGGAAAUCAACUGAUGGAAUCAAUCAUCAGCUUGGUGUUGGCACUUUUGUGGAUUAUUAUGAGUUUGGUUCUCAUUAUUGGAAUAAAUAAGCAAAACAUCAAACUCGUCAAGCUGCACAGGACGUUCUUUUUGGUAAACGUCAUCGUCGCAAUGGUCUGGGGAACGCUCAAACAGCUUUAUGCCAUGUUAGUGAAUCGUCAAAUGCGAACUGAAAUGGUUGUGAUUGUGCUCGUUGUUGCUUUCUUGAUGUUGGUGUUAUGUUUUUUUAUACUGUGGAUUCUAAAUGGCACAAUUAAACUUAUUCAACAUAAUGACAAAAUGGCAAAAGUUGCCCUGAGCGAUGUGACUUCUGUUGAGUUGAUAAAUCAAGAAACUAAUUCGGGUAAAUAAAAAUCAA